CCCUCACUGCUUCACCACUUUCUCCUCUGUUUUCCCUGCUCGCGCCGUUUCUGUUUUCUUCGGCAACCUGCACGUCCCUCAAGCGGAAACCCCUCUCCGUAAGUGACGUCCUUGUACGCCGCCGUCUCCGGCGCUGUCCGGUAGCCUGAGCGGUUUAAUAUCCGGUCCGGUUUACAGUACCUUGCAAUUCACAACUUACAAUUCAAUUUCUCGUUUGACGCAUAACAUGAUAUGAGAUCAGGUACUAAAAUUCCCAUGAAAUUCUCUGCCUCCUAGUGUUUUUCAAGCUCAAAAAUUUUUUGGAGUAAUGCAGUUUGUCGGGAACUUGAAGAUUGAUUAUAUGGCUGUGUAGAGCAUCAAUUGUGAAAGAGAGCAUGGCUUCUUUUUCCUUUUCUUCUUUCAAUACUGGAUCAUUUGUUGAUAUAGCUCAAAGAAGAUAUUUUGGGGUUUGUGGAGGUUUGUGCACUAGUUCAUUUGUUUUUCCUUCUCCGGGGUUUAGAUUUAAUCAGUCAUACAAAUUUCAACAUAAUUUGGUUUGGAACCCGAAAUUGAAGUAUUAUUAUGAUGAUAGAAGAUGUAGAAAUGCCUCACUGAGGUUUCCUUAUUGUUGCAAUUCUCAACAUGGUUUUUCCGGUAAUAAUAAAAUUGAGCCACUUGUGAGUAGUAGAAGCAGGGUUGAGAGAAAGUCACACUAUGGUAAAGGAGAUAGUAAUAGGUUGAAGAAGAGAUUUUCGUUGAGGUUGCGGCCGAGGUUAUGGUUAUUGGCUAUGAGAUUGAGGAGGGCAUCCAUUAAGUCCUUUUUGAAUGAGGUGGGAAUCUUUGUCCGUAAGAAUAUUAGAACCGUGGCAUUUUCUGCCUCGGUUUCUAUUGUUUUCAGCCUUUGUUUCCUGUUUUUGAAGUUGACUGCGCUUCCUCCGGUGAAAACCGUACCGUAUUCUGACUUGAUUACAAGCCUUCAAAGUGGCUAUGUUGCGAAAGUGUUGCUGGAAGAGGGGUCCCGGCGCAUAUAUUACAACAUGAACAAUCCAGUUGUUGAAAAUGAUCAGGUUUCUGGAAAUGAAUUGCAAGUUGCUGAUGUUUCAGUUGACAGGUAUGUAGAUAAGCCUCCAAGUGAGGGAGCUUCAAGCGCUGGCAAAACCCCAGCAUUGAAUAUAUUAGGGAAAUUUUCGAAGGCCCGGGCUUCAGUUCCUGAGUGGCAGUAUUCCACAAGAAAAAUUGACCGUGAUGAAAAAUUCCUUCUUAGUUUAAUGAGAGAAAAAGGAGUUUCAUAUAGUUCUGCCCCUCAAUCUGUGUUAAUGUCAAUGAGGAAUACUUUGAUAACCGUGAUUACACUGUGGAUACCGUUGAUUCCAAUGAUGUGGCUUCUAUACCGUCAGCUUUCUGCUGCUAAUAGUCCAGCUAGGAAGCAGAAACCUAACGGCCAGACAGUUGGAUUUGAUGAUGUUGAAGGAGUUGAUUCUGCAAAAGUAGAGCUCAUGGAGAUAGUUUCAUGUCUGCAAGGGGAUAUAAACUACCAAAAGGUAGGGGCAAAAUUACCUCGAGGUGUGUUGCUGGUAGGCCCCCCUGGAACAGGGAAAACAUUACUUGCACGUGCUGUGGCGGGGGAAGCAGGUGUACCCUUUUUCACCGUAUCUGCCAGUGAGUUUGUGGAAUUGUUUGUUGGGAGAGGAGCAGCUAGAAUCAGAGACCUUUUUAAUGCAGCAAGGAAAUUUGCACCAUCAAUCAUAUUCAUAGAUGAGCUUGAUGCCGUUGGAGGCAGGCGCGGAAGAAGUUUCAACGAUGAACGUGACCAAACACUAAACCAAUUGCUCACAGAAAUGGAUGGAUUUGAAUCCGAGAUGAGAGUGGUUGUCAUUGCAGCAACUAAUCGCCCGGAAGCUUUGGAUCCAGCCCUAUGUCGCCCUGGUCGUUUCUCGCGAAAAGUAUAUGUUGGGGAGCCUGAUGAGGAAGGAAGGAGAAAGAUAUUGGCUGUACAUCUAAGAGGUGUUCCCUUAGAGGAGGACACAAACAUCAUUUGUCAUUUAAUCGCUUCUCUUACUGCUGGCUUUGUAGGUGCUGACCUGGCAAACAUCGUCAAUGAAGCUGCUUUGCUUGCUGCCCGUAGAGGUAGUGAAGGUGUGGCAAGGGAGGAUAUAAUGGAAGCAAUUGAAAGAGCAAAGUUUGGAAUCAAUGAUAAGCAACUUAGGUCAAAUAAACUAAGCAAGGAGUUGGUUAAGCUCUUCCCUUGGAUGCCAUCAUUGAUGGGAAGAAGUGAUAAGAGACAGGAUGACCUACAAGGACCACUAGGUUAUCAAUCAUUGAGCUCAUGAAUAAUGUUAUCUUUACCUCUCAAAUGCACUUUAAUUUAUCUUCUACCUACUACAACAACAACAGAAAUUAAAGCAUCAAUUGCCUAAAAUUGUACCCUAUUUUUGUGGCUAGAGACAAUUUCUCAUAGCAUUAAAGUUUUGGCCAACAUUGACACCACCUUUCUCCUUUUAUAA